AUGUUCGGCAACGGUCUCUUUAACUGGUUCUCUUCCUCUAAGCAGGAGGCUGCCCCCGCUACCUGGGAUGCCAAUACUGCUACUGUGCAGAACCAGCAGCCUACCAGUCCUGAUGCUCCCUCCACCGAGCACGUUGUCUCUGAGCAGCCUAACUCCCAAGAGAACAUGAAGCUGCGGGGUGGUGGUGCGGGUGAUGUCUGCUGUGGCGUUUGCGCUGGUCUUCUCUGCUUCGAGUGCUGCGAGGACUGCUGCUAA